AUGGAGACUGUUCACGAUCAGAUACAGUCCCUUAUUACUAAGCUGUCAGUACAAUGUUCCGCCAAUCAUGGAUUCGGGUUCAUGAGUCCCUCGAUCUACGAUACUGCCUGGGUAUCUAUGGUGAGGAAACCGAAUAACGCUGGUGAGGAUGAAUGGCUUUUCCCCGAGUGUUUCGAGUUCAUCUUGGCCAGUCAAUUACCGUCCGGUGCUUGGGAAUCGUACGCCUCACAUGUUGACGGUAUCUUAAACACAUCAGCUUCAUUGCUAGCGUUAAGGAAACGUCUGGAAAUAUGUCCCGGAAACUUAGACUGGGAAACAAGAAGCAAGCGGGCUGAAAUCGCGCUGCGGGAGCUCCUUGAUAAAUGGGACGCUGAUUUAAGCGAUCAAGUUGGGUUCGAGAUGCUGAUCAUCCAGCUUGUCUCCCUGCUAGAAGGUCGCGGGAUUGUGUUGGAGUUUCCACAGCUCAAUGCCUUGAAGAUUCUUCGUAAUGCUAAGUUAAAACGGCUACCCCUGUCAUCAGUCUGCAAUGCGCCCUCCACGCUAUAUCAUUGUUUGGAAGGCCUCAUAGGACAUAUCGACUUUGAACAAGUACGCCAUAGGCGCGACGCAAAUGGGUCUAUGAUGGGAUCUCCAUCAUCAACAGCAGCUUAUCUCAUGCAUUCCUCAGUAUGGGAUGAUGAGGCGGAAGCGUAUCUCAGGAACGUCUUGAAGUAUGGUACAGGUAACGGGAAUGGGAGUGUUCCGUCUGCAUGGCCAACUAGGAUUUUCGAAACAACUUGGGCAAUUACAACCUUGGCAGAAUCCGGAGUCGAGAUUGAUAGUAUAGAGACGUGUAAAGUUGGUGACUUUUUACAGAAAGCUAUGUCAGAACAGGAGGGCACUCUUGGAUUUGAUAUUGGCUCUUUUCCGGAUGCGGACGACACAGCUAAGGGGAUUAUGACCCUUCGCAUACUAGGGGAAAGUCCUGGCUUCGAUGGUCUUAUCGAAAUGUUUGAAGCCGAAGAACACUUUAGAACCUACCAUGGCGAACGUAACCCAAGUUUUAGUGCCAAUUGCAACGUUCUCACUUGUCUCUUGACGGCAGAAGAUCCAACCCUGUAUAUCUCACAGAUCGCAAAGAUAACCAGGUUUCUUACGACUCAAGUCUACCAAGAUGGUGUCAUCGAUAAAUGGCAUCGCAAAGAACUAUAUUGGAUGAUGCUCCUUACUCGAGCUUUCGAGGUCCUGAGUUCGAAUGAGGAAUUACUUCGGAAGCUCGUUGACCUUGUUCCUGACCUGAGGGAAGAUAUUCCCAUGGUCACUAUUCACCUACUUAUCAGGAUCCUCAAGUAUCAGCUAGCCGAUGGCUCAUGGGAACAGCUUUGUGAAGUGACGUCGUACGCGAUCCUAGCACUGAUAUCACUAGCCCGGCUGCCGUGGAUCCAGCAAAUCGACCUAGGCGAAAUCACCGCAGCUAUAGCCAGGGGAAAGUCUUUUCUUUUGUCGAAAAGAACCCAGUGGGCCAAGGGCCACUAUCUCUGGAUUGAGAAAGUCACGUAUGCCUCUGAUGUACUCUCCGAAGCAUACUGUCUGGCAGCGGUAUCUGCCCCUGUUCCUCCCGUCGCAUUACCGCUGGAAUCGGAGGCGUCUGCAUUUACCUUUCCAGGCAAAAAGAUGCGCGUCAUGAUGAAAAAGACCGCCGAAUUGAUUGCGCGCACACCCUUGCUUUCGAACACAGAGCCAUACGUCCUGCGCGCUGCUGAGAUGCAAGCAUGCUACGCGCUUGCCGCGCUCCAGAGGAGACCACUUAGUAUAUUUCCACGCACAGCUAAAGGAGAAGAUAAAUAUCUGUGUAUUAUUCCAUUGGCAUUCACAGCCUGCGCCGCAGUUCAAGGGUGUGGAGUAAGCCUUUCUGUAUUGCGAGAGAUGAUGGUUUUGUCGAUUUUGAAUUUCUUGGCUGAUGAGUACAUGGAGGGGGUGAUAGAAAAGGGGUUUGUUGGGAACCUAGGCGAAGUAAGGAAUCUUAUUCAACAGGUAUUUGUCAACAAUUCCGAAGCUCCUUGCACCAACGGAACUUCGAACGGGAUUGUUAAUGGCGAGGAACUGUCGCUAGCAGAAGAGCAUAGCCACGAGAGAUCCGGAGAUCGAGCGUCGCUGCACGAUGUCAAUAAAGUCAUACGCAAAUUCGUAUCGCAUAUCCUACAUCACCCUACAGCGUUAUCCGCCCCAAGAAGCUACCAGACACGGUUAGCUUUUGAGCUGGAAACAUUCCUUCUGGCUCAUCUUGCUCAUGCCGAGGACAAUCAUCGGUUCGGCCAUCAAUACGGUGGCUUAUAUAGUACCAAUGGCGAAAACGGUCUCACGGCGAAUGGAAGUGGAAUGCUUAAUGGAGACAAGGCGAAAAGCCAAGGCAAUCCGAUAAUGCAGUAUGUCGAGCCCAAGCGGACGUUCUAUAACUGGGUACGCAGCACAUCGGCCGACCACACGUCUUGCCCUUUCUCUUUCGUCUUUUUCAAUUGUUUAAUACACGCAUUCCCGGGUCCUGAGAAUGCGGAUAUCUAUGCUUCGGCGAAAACUGCUUACCUGACCGAAGACCUCUGCCGUCACCUUGCAAGUCUAUGUCGCAUGUACAAUGACUGGGGGUCGCUGCGCCGCGAUGCGGAUGAGUGCAACCUGAACUCUGUCAACUUUCCUGAGUUCCACUCGACCCCAUUACUGCCAUCGCAGUCGACGGGAAAGGAAGAAUGCGCGAAAGUUGACGAGAAGAGAGUCAAAUCCGAGCUAUUAUGGAUAGCUGAGUACGAGCGGCGCGGGCUUCAGACUUCGCUGGCGCUCUUGGAGGAGGAACUUGGAAGCCGUGGUAAGCGCACAGUAGAUGCGCUGAAGCUGUUUGUCAAUGUGACGGAUCUGUACGGACAGAUCUACGUGUUAAAGGACGUCGGUACGCGUACUAAAUAG